CAGCAACCCAGUCCGGUGGUCGUGUGGCUCUGACCUGUAAGCUGUCGGACAUGUCGGGACACCGGGUGCAGUUCGCAGACCUUCCUCCGAGUGAUCACAAAGGAAGUCCCAAAUUUCACAAGCAGACCAAAAGCAACCUGAAGGUAACCUCCCCAGAGGACGCAGAGCACAUAAGUCGCAGACAGGCCUCCCCAAAUGGGACAGCUGCUUUGAGAGGAGACACCAAAGGCAGCCGAACUGUCCCCCGAAGGCACACCUUAGGGGGAGCCCGCAGUUCCCGAGAGAUCCUGGCUAUGCAGCCCCCGGACAUGGACAAGAAGAGGGAGGCCUUCCUGGAGCAUCUGAAGCAGAAAUACCCCCACCAUGCCUCUGCAAUCAUGGGCCACCAGGAAAGGCUGCGGGAGCAGAGCAGAAGCCCCAAGCACGGCCCCAGCCCUCAGCCCAACAUCGGCGACCAGGUUGACCACCUUUCCCUGGCCUCACUGGACUCAUUGGACACCAUGUCAGAGGCCGACGCACCCACAGGCUUCACCCGAGGCAGCCGGGUUCGUGCCAGCCUGCCUGUGGUGCGAUCAACCAACCAGACAAAGGACCGCUCGCUAGGUGUGCUGUACCUGCAGUACAGGGAUGAGACCAAGCAGAUCCACAUGCCUAAUGAGAUAACCAGCAUCGACACAGUCAGAGCUCUAUUUGUUAGAGCCUUCUCACCGCAGCUCACCAUGACAAUGUUUGAGUCCCCUAGCGUCGCCGUCUAUGUCAAAGAUGACAUGAGGAAUAUGUACUACGAGCUUUCUGAUGUCAGGAACAUCACAGACCACUCCUGCCUGAAGGUUUACCACAAAGACCCAGCACAGGCUUUCAGCCAUGGGCCCAGACCUACCAACGGUGAUGCCAGGAUGCACAGUGAGAUGGUGCAUGCUGGCCGUGAUGGUCAGCACCCCCUGAGACAGCCCUCCAUGGGUCCCCCAGCACACCAUCCCAUGCAAGGAACACUGCCCCCCUCUUCCCACUCCAUGCCCCCAUCACCCUCCAGAAUUCCAUUCGGCCCACGGCAGGGCUCUAUGCCUGGCAGUGCCACCAUUCCAAGGGACCGACUGUCUAACUCCAACCCUCCUGCCCGCUCCAUCUCACCCUGUCCCAGCGCCAUCCUGGAGAGACGGGAUGUCAAACCAGAUGAGGACAUGGGUGGGAAAAGCCACAGUCUAGCCAGAGGAAAUGAGGGGUUGUAUGCAGACCCAUACCUUCUCCAAGAGGGAAGAAUAAGCAUGGCAACUGCCCAUGGACCACACCCAAACCCUGGGCUUGAUGGUCCAGAGCAUGGCAUGGGGGGAUUUCACCGUGCCUCUAUCCGCUCCACAAGCUCUUACAGCGGACCCAGCCCUACAGACUCCAUUGAUCACCCUUCCCUGUACAGGCAGAAGUCCAGAAACAGCCAGUUGCCUACUUUGGGCUCCAAGACACCUCCCCCAUCUCCUCAUCGGAUGGCUGAGGUACGGAUGAUUGAUAUCCAUGGCGGGCCUCCCCAUGGUGGACCUCCCCAUGGUGGGCCUCCUCAUGGUGGGUCUCCCCAUGGUGGGCCUCCUCAUGGUGGGCCUCCUCAUGGUAUUCCACCGCAUGGUGUUCCACCUCACGGUGUUCCCAUGGAGAGAAGCUCACCUGUCCGCCAGUCCUUCAGGAAGGAGGAAGUAACAGGGACCAAGCCCCGAAACAACAUGGUAUCACCUGUGGUUUCAGAUAUCCAGGGUCACCUUCAGGGGCCUAUCCCACCUGCCAGUGACCAUCAGACACGUGAGAGACCUCCGAAGACAUCAUCUCCAGCCCACAGUGCACAUAGCUCAGGUGGUUCACCAGUCUUGGCUGCAAAGAAUACUGUAGCCCCAUCAGACAAGAGCUCAGUUCCUCUCAAAGUCAACCUUCUACAGUUCAGGAAGAAUGUUUCUGACCUCAGGAUGCAACUGCAUCAGAUGAGACAGCUGCAGCUCCAGAACCAGGAGGCAUUGCGAGUUCAGCUGAAGCGGGCAGAACAGGAAAUCAGUGUUAAACUUGCAGAGGCAAUGCGUCGUCUGGAGGACCCUGUCCAGAAGCAAAGGGCUUUGGUGGAAGAAGACAGGCACAAGUACUUGGGUCUGGAGGAGCGUGUCCUCACACAACUUGGUGAGCUGGAGCAGUAUGUAGGCGCUCUGCAGAAGGACUCUGCAGCGUCACACAGAGUGGUGACCCUGAAGGACGUGGAAGAGGGAGCAGUGACUCUGAGGAAGGUGGGCGAAUCUCUGGCAGGACUCAAAGGAGAGUUCCCAGCCCUGCAAACCAGGAUGAGGGCUGUGCUCAGGGUGGAAGUGGAAGCCGUCAAGUUUUUGAAGGAGGAGCCCCAUAAACUGGACAGCAUGCUGAAAAGGGUCAAGGGCCUGACUGAUACAUUGAGCAGUCUGAGAAGAUGUGCUACUGAGGGCCCUCAGAAAGGACCUGAUCCUGUGGCUAAUGUCCCAGUAGAUAACAACCCUUCAACAGUAGCAUCAGAGGUCCCUGCUGAAGCUCCCUCAGCAUCAGUCCAACCUGGCUCCACAGCAGACCCACUGGAACCUCAGAGCUCCACUAUCAGAUCAGAGGUGAUGCCUUCCUCACCGGUGGUCAUCCAUCAUGUCCAGAGCUCCCCGGUCCAAAUGCAGCAGUCCCAGCAGUCUGCAGCCUUGACCACUCAGCCCAGUCCUCCGCUCACCCCCAGUCCCACUCACGUUCCCAGUCCCAUCCCAAGCAAGAGUCAAGGCCGGGAAUCUCCCAUGGUGGCAGACUCAAAUCCACCAAGUCCCGGCCGUCAUAAGAAGACACAUGGGAACCCAGUGAAUAAUAGCAACGGCACUGCCAACCAGGUCCUUAUCAUAGAGGAGCUGCAGAACAGUCAGGACAAAUGCAAAAACAGAGCUAUGUCCAUAGAGGCAGCAGAGAAGGAAUGGGAAGAGAGGAGGCAGAAGAUGGGUCAAUAUGACGGAAAAGAGUUUGAUAAGAUCCUCCAGGAGGCCCAGGCCAAUAUGAUGAAGGGCAUUCCCAAUCUAGAUGUGGAAGAGAACCCCGGACUGGUCCUCGCUGCCACUGGAGAACAAGACAUCCAUAGCCCUGUUGAGUCACCAACAGAGCCCCAAAUGGAGUCUCAUUCAGACAAACCAGCCAAGAAGGGGCCUGAGAAACUACCAAAGCCUGUGAUGGAGAAAGCAUCCAAACCUAUGCUGGAGAGACCCUCAAAGACUACCACCAAGUCUGGGCCCACUGACACUUCUACCAAGCAGGGGUCUGACAAGUCCAGCAAGUCCCCACCACCACCUCCUCCGAGAAAGACCUACCCCAGCUCGAGCUCAGGCAUGACAACCACACGAACUGGCGAGGUGGUUUAUACCAGCAGAAAGGAGUCUGUAUCGGCUCAGGAGGGUGAAGAGGAGAGCCCAACUCCUACUCCUCAACCCAAGCCCACAAAGGUUCCACCAGAGACCAAGCCAAAGUCUGUGACCCCUCCUCCUGUCCCUGCGUCCAUCACUGGAGAAGAGGAGGAUGAAGGCGACAAGAUCAUGGCAGAGCUCCAGGUUUUCCAGAAGUGCAAAGUUAAGGAUAUAGGGGUGAAAAAUUUGGUAGAACCCACCACUCGAAUUGAACCGCAAAUCAGAGAACUAAGACCUGGGGCUUUAUUGCCCCUCAAAGAGAAAAAGCAGAGCUCAGAGCCCAGUCGAGAGGAUAAAGAUCCAGACACAGAUGAAAACGGGAAUACUACUGUUCGACAGAGCCAAGGGGUUAUAUACUAUGUGACUGGAAAGAUCCCCAAAGACCAUCCACCCCCAUCUGGAACAGAAGAAACCCUUGAGAACCGAGAGCCCACACAGCCUCCAUCACAGGUGUCAAAUGUCAAUGUUAAUGACAAUUCUCCAAGCCAGCAACAGCAGCAGGAGCAGCAGCCACUGUCACAGCCACCCAAAUCACCUCCACCUAUAAGCCCUCCACCAAUAUCACCUAAGCCUGUUGGACUGAAGGGAUUCAAACUGCCCAAGAAGCCAGUUAAACGCUCGGAAUCCUUGAAGACCAGUGCAGAAAUGGAGAAGGGAAAUAUACUCAACAAAAUUAACACUGAAAAGAAAAGUCAAGUCACUCAGGAGCAUGUAAUACCUGAACCUGUGGCAACCUCAACAGUCAGUACUGUAAAAGAGGGGCCCAACAAUUCUGUUGCGCCACCAAAAAAGGCUCCUAUUGAGGACAGUGAUCUACCUAAAACUAACUGUGAUCAGGGUGAUGAAGAGGCUAGUCUCAGUCCUGACUUACCUGGAGAAGAGGCACCUCCCCCCCCUGACAAUAUAGCCUUUAUGAUCACUAACACCAAGGUUCAGGCCCUGUCUUGUGGUGAGUACCAGGAGCUGGUCAAUGCCAAAAGGGGAAGUGUGCAGACUGUUACUGUAGGUGGUGCCGCUAACCGAGCUAACACCACAUCGGAUCCCACUGCGCCACCAGACAAUGGCUUCCACAAGAAGCCUGUCAUCAUCAUUUUUGAUGAGCCCAUGGACAUCCGUUCAGCUUACAAGCGGCUUUCCACCAUCUUUGAGUGUGAGGAGGAGCUGGAGAGGAUGCUAGCGGAAGAGCGCAUCGAUGAGGAAAGUGAGGAGUCUGACACGGAGAGGAAUGGUUGGAAGCAGGUAAAAGCCGGAGAGACCCAGGUGGUUGAUGGAAAAAAGGUCUGUUCUUCACAGGGCACCGGAGACCACACUAGCUUAUCAUCCUCAUCUUCAUCUUCAAUCUCUGAACUGACAGACAGUGGAAUGAACAUGGAGUCAAAUGGAGAAGCCAAACAGGAUGGUAAGAAGAAGUUCAAGUUUAAGUUCCCCAAGAAACAGCUAGCAGCGCUGACCCAGGCCAUUCGCACAGGCACCAAGUCAGGCAAGAAGACUUUACAGGUGGUAGUCUAUGAAGAUGAGGAGGAAUCCGAUGGUACCAUAAGGCAGCACAAGGAAGCAAAGAGAUUUGAGAUUGUGCGUUCAAAAUCCUUAGCAGACACAUCUAAGUCAACAAGCCCAGCUCCACCGAAGAAGCAGAACCCAGAUUCCCUCGGCAGGACGGAUGAGAUCCGGAAGAACACUUACAAGACACUGGACAGCCUAGAACAGACCAUCAAGCAGUUGGAGACUACUAUAAGUGAAAUGGGACCUUGCUCCUCUGAGGAACCAGUUUGCACAGAGGAGGCAAAAGGAGGGAAUGGGAAAAUAUCAGGAGUGGGGCUGAAGAGGUCUUCCUCUCUUCCUACCUCCAAAGGGUCUGGCCCGAAAGUACCCAGCAAAAAUUCAUUGCAGAAGAAGGCUAAACCUCAACUCCUUCCUCGACCUGUAGUCAUCCCCACCACCACCACCACUGUCCCCAGUGCCCCCAGCACCGUACAACAGAAUACCAGUGUCGCGUCCCCUACUAGUCGGAUGCCCGUCCCUUUGUCUGCGAAGUCCAGGCAGUCGCCGGGUACUACUGACAAAGCAGGAAAACAGCAAAAACUGCAGGACGCUCAGAGGCAGUUCCGACAGGCUAACGGAAGUGCUAAAAGAGUGGGAGGGGAUCAUAAAACUACUUCCCCUACUAUACCCAUCUCUAAAAUCCCUGCUUUUUAUCCUAGCUCUACUAAAGGCAGCUCCCAGUCUGCACAAAGCCCAGAUGCUACUAAUCCCAUUAACCCAGCCUCCUCUUCCUCCUCCUCCUCCUCCUCCUCUAUUACAAAGUCCUCUAUCCUAUCCUCUCACGUUCCUCGAUCCGGUUCCCUGCCCUCCUCCCACAUCCCCUCCCUGUCUAACGGAUCCCUCAAACUCCCUACACCCUCACAGCACACAGGUAAAGCUCUCUCGUUCUCCUCGCAGACUCAGAAUGGUCGAGUGCACUCCUCCUCCUCCUCUUCAUUCUCCUCCUCCUCAUCCUCCUCCUCCUCCCCCUCCCCUCUGUCGCCCACACCUUUGGGCCCAGGUGGAAAGAGCAUCCGCACCAUACACACCCCCAGCUUCACCAGCUACAGGUCCCACAACGGCAGCAGCGGCAAAUCCUGCAUCCCAACAGCCACAACAGCUAAGGACACUGCCUAGCCCCAUUAUCGCCUCUCUGGCUUUACAGCAUAGCAGAUAGACCUGGUGAUGUUUCAUUUUUUAUAUAUAUAGUAUUGGUUUGUUGUUUUUAUUCUGUUUUUUUAAAUUUGUUGUAAAAGUAUUAAGUGAUGCACUCCCCCCAUUCAUGUUUUAUUUGACACUGGCAUUCUCACACCAAUGCUUUUAUCUCUUUGAGUUGCUACUUGGAUUUUGAUUCUUUCUUGAAGGUGCACCAGAUGUUCUGAUAAAAUAUUUUAUAAUGGAACUUAAAAAUAAAUUUAGUUUUGCCACUUUGUAGUUGAAGUGGGAGGCUCUCAUGGUGUUGAAAAUAUAUUUUUCUUGCUGUAGCUAUGAAUAGGGAAUAUAGACUUGAUGUACAAUCACAAAGACCAUGUAAAGAUUGUGUUUUAUUUUUCAAAGCAGAGAUUGAAUAACCAUAGUAUAUUUAAUCUUCUAUAUUUCUUAUGUUGCCAGACAUUCAACACAGCCCUUGUAAAUGCCUUUAUGAAUGUAUACACAAUGUAUACAUUCAUUUUAAAGUUGAUCUCAUUAUUAACUUCUGUUUCUUAAGAGUAUUUUCUCAUAGUUACCCAUAUAAACUGCCAAUUUCUGUUACAGAUAAUGAACAGUGGUAUCAUGAGUAAUACAAAUUUUCAUUUUAGUGUGCCUAUUUGCCAAAGUUGUUGUACAAUGACUCACUUUAGGCCUAACCCAGUCACAAGAUUUAGGGGAAUUUACAUGCACUCUUGUUAUGACCUCAGUGUUUGUACUGAUGGUCUCGGUUCGUUAAGUUAACAUGUCUUGUUGUCUAAAUGUAAACUGUACUAAAAAACAAAGUGAUGAAUCAGUUCUACCACAUGUACAUAGAUGCUUCUACUAAGGAAAUAAGUAGUUUUGUUAACAUACCAAAGUUUAUAUGUAUGCAUGCCUUUCAAAUACUUUAGGAGAGUGGUGUAAAAGAAGAAUUAUGUUUGCACAGAUAGAUUUUGUAAAUAUUUGAUUUUCUUUCAUUUUUUGUAAAGCUUUAAAUCAUACUACAAAUGAGCAAUGUGGUAAAGACGAAACUGUGUUGGAGUAGCAAAAAUAAAGUCUUGCAUGCUUGUAAA